CAGACACGGAGGAGUGCGGUUCGAUUAGCUUGGGUGGAGAUGUCGAAAGUUUUAUUCGCGAUUUGUUUUGCGUUGUGCGGUGCGUCACUGGAAGCAAGCAGCCGUCGCUGGUGGCCAGCCAAGCUGCAGGCUGAUCCUGUCAGCUAUUCCCCAGAGCUGUUGCAGGAUCUGCGCGAGUUCAUUGAUCUCAUACCGAGUAUCACCGUCGAUGAGGUCGUCGCCGAGCAUAUGCUAACCGAUUCGGGAUUCCGCAAAGCGAUCAAAUUUCUGCGCAGUUCCGACUUUAAGCACUUGCAGCAACGCGCCGAGUCGCUGCCUGAGAUAAUUGAGCUUAUAAAUUUCGUGCAUUUGAAUGAUACGGCUAUCAGAUCGCGAAUUGUUAUCAACAAAAGCGUCGAGCAGCAGCUAAGAGCAUAUGCGUACAAGAGCUAUGGCUAUCCAUCGAUAACUGAAAGUGCGGUUGACAAGGAGGAGAACGAAGGGAGUGUGCAUGAAAAUAGUUUGGUGGUAAUACUUGUGCCACUAGAGCAGCAGGAGCCAAAGCGAUCAAUCAACCUCAACAGUUUUGUGAGCUUUGCCCAGGAGCUGUUGACGCACCUGCCGCGCGAUCGGUUUGUGGCUUUAAUCAACGAGAAACGUAAAAGUGGAACAGUCUUUCCCAAAUUCUACGAAGCCAUACGCAGCGAUGCAUUCAAAUCUCUGCUGGACAAGACUAUGAAAUCGCAGAAUGUUCAGAAUCUGAUUAAAACGCUGGCCAGCCAUUACAUCGAUGCUGUGUCUCUGAAGAGCAUUGCACUGGAAGUCAUCUCAUGGGGACCGGAGAUCUGAUUUUAAUUAAAUUA